AUGACUCCGCCAUCGCUGAACGAAUCCUCCUCCAUCUUAAUUGUCGGCGCAGGGACAUGGGGCUGCUCAACUGCCCUCCAUUUGGUCCGGCGGGGAUACAAAAAUGUCACCGUAUUGGAUCCUUAUCCUGUGCCAUCGUCUAUCGCUGCUGGGAAUGAUGUGAAUAAAAUCAUGGAGCAUAAGGAACUCAAAGGGCCCAAUACGGAUGCCAGGAGCAUCGCAUUCGCUACUUGUACACGAUCUGCUCUGGGUGGCUGGACAAAUGACCCUAUUUUCAAACCAUACUUCCAUGGGACCGGAUUGAUUCUCUCAGUCUACGAGGCUGGAGAUGUCAUCGGAGCCCGAACUGCAGAUGAUGUUGUCCACCGUGCAGACCAUACAAUUCUUGCGGCUGGUGCUGGUAGCGAUCGCCUGCUGGACUUCAAGAAACAGCUGCGACCUACUGCCUGGACUUUAAGUCAUAUACAAAUGACAGCAGAGGAGUCGCAGCUAUAUAGAAACCUUCCAGUUCUGUUCAAUGUCGCCAAGGGCUUUUUCAUGGAGCCCGAUGAAGAUGAACACCACUUGAAAAUCUGCGACGAGCACCCUGGAUACUGUAAAUUCAUUCAGGAUCCUAACAAUGCCGGCGAGAUGAAGAGUAGCCCGUUUGCGAAGGAGCAGAUUCCGCUCGAGGCUGAGGCUCGUGCUAGGGAAUUUCUACGUGAUACUAUGCCGCACCUUGCAGAAAGACCAUUUGUAUUUGCUCGUAUCUGCUGGGACGCCGAUACCCCGGAUCGAGCAUUUUUGAUCGAUCGACAUCCUGAUCACCCAUCUCUCAUAGUUGCCGUGGGCGGGUCUGGAAAUGGAGCGAUGCAAAUGCCUACCAUUGGAGGAUUCAUUGUAGACGCUUUGGAGGGCAAGCUACAGAAGGAGCUGAAGGAUGUUGUGCGCUGGAGACCCGAAUUGGCAGUGAAUCGAGACUGGAAGUCUACGCAAAAUAGGUUUGGGGACCAAAUAAAUUGA